AUGAAAAAUCCUGUCAUAAGAGAUUCGAAAGACCAUGAAGAAUCCAGUCAUGAUAGACAAAAACACAAAAAACAAAAAAUCCCAGUCGAGUCACCAAACCAAUCUUUCUUUCCCUCAGGAUUCUUCAAAGUAGCCCACUACAUCAGGCUCUCCGACGACACACGAACCUGGAGGAGCAGCCAGGAGCCUCCGUCCGCGAACAACGACAAUCCAGAGGUCCUGCAGUUGUUUGUACAUGUCUGGAACUUGUUAGAACCCGAGCCACCGAGACUCGUCAUCUCUUUCACGGGAGACGAAAAGAGAUUUAGUCUCGAAGGGGUUAAGAAGAAGACUUUUAUGGCCGGGCUGAUGAAGACUGUAGAGUCAACGAAUGCCUGGCUGUUGACCGAUGGAAGUGACUCAGGUCUUGCGAAGGUGGUGGGGCAGACAGUCAGUCAGAUGCAGACCAUAACUGAGGUUGAUGGUCGUCAGAUGCCCCAGAUUAAGUGCAUCGGCGUUACUUCCUACAGUUCCUGCAAGAACAAGGACAGUAUGCUGAAUACAAAUGUGAAGAACAGAAACAAAAAACAUUUUUACGAAUCGCCCACCUGCGCCCAAGAUGGCGACCUGGUCCUCAACAGCGACCACACGCACUUCCUCCUUGUGGACAACGGGCUUCACUCUCCCUCCUCCGCCUCGGUUGACAGCUUCCGGACGCGCCUCGAAGAAUCCCUCUGCAUUCCGAGUCCCAGGGGUUUGGAAGUCCCUGUGGUCAUGCUGCUUCUCGACGGCGGGGUGAGGGCGAUAGACAGGUGCUUGAAGGCCCUGAAGAGGCGUGUUCCUGUGUUGGUGGUGCAGGGUUCUGGCGGGGCGGCGGACCUGCUGGCGGACUUCACCGUGAACUAUUUACCGUUGAGUCGGGGCUGCGAUGAGGAAGAAGAGCUACUACAGAAUAUCUACUCUAAGGUACCAACUUACAUAUACGACUUGGACGAGAAACAACUCAUGGAAUGUGCCAAAAAAGUUCUGGAAUGUUGCAAGCUAGAAAAUAAAAUAACAAUAUAUAACAUAGACACUGACUCAAGCUUAGACAAGUCGAUUCUCACUGCUCUCAGAACAGGGAAAGCCAACCCUGCGGACGAGUUGAGGUUAGCCUUGGAGUGGGACCGCGUCGACGUGGCUGAAAGUUGUCUGAAUGCAGAGAUCGACAACUUGAGUGAAGUCAUGAGACUGGCGCUGCUGGAGGAAAAGGUCGAUUUUGUCGAUCUUUUGCUCACGUCGGGGUUCGUGAUGUCGAGUUUCCUGACGGUGGUGGAACUGAGGAACCUUUAUAAUCUCACGAAACCGAAAGCACACAUCCGGGAACUCCUUGGACACGGGAACGACGACAAACCGCUGAAGUUAAACGACGUCCACAAACUCCUGAAGCAGGUCGUCAACUCCCAUUCUCACCGCUACUACCGAGACACGAACAACCUCUUCGACUUCUGUUCGACGAUUAACAAAAUUACGUUCGAGGACCCAUAUCUCGAGCUGCUGAUCUGGGCCAUUCUAACUCGGAGGAACAACCUGGCCAAGUACUUGUGGAAGACUUGUAAUUACCCUCUAAACACUGCUAUUGUGGCCACGUGUAUCUACCAAGGAAUCAGAGACAAAGUUACCGAUAGCGCCGUCAGAGCGGAGUGCAAAGCUAUGAAGGAUCAUUUUGAAACCAUAGCUAUAAAACUGACUGACCUGAGCUACGACAAGAAUGUCACCAACUCCGUCAGCCUGAUUCACCAGAGGCACAUGAGGUGGGGCGGCCUCAGUACCCUCGACCUGGCCCUCGUGGCGCGAGACAUGAGCUUCGUCUCGUCCCCGUGCGCGAGGGCGGGGCAAGGCAUGCGCUGGGAAGGCAUACGCGUAAAGUUUUACGUCCGUAUCUCCUACCGAGUCCUCUUGAUGAUCUCCCAUUUCGUGCUGGUGCUCUUCAACCUGGGGUUCAUACCUACUUACACCGAAGGCAUCCUGGCGCUCGUCAUCGCAUCGGAGGCCUUCGAGAAGGGCCUCGAGAUGCUAUCCAACGAGCCCUUCAGCGCGAGUUAUUCCUCUUGGAAUUCGUAUGACGUCGUUCUCCUCAUAGUGUUCCUGCUCGGCUUCUUCCUUAGGAGUCUGUCGUUUCUGGGAAGUCUGUCUGCCUGACAUUUUUUA